CCGGGACGUCCGCCAUUGCGUUAACACGACGGACGUCCCGAUUUUUAUUGUUUUUUGUGGAUGUCUGUCGGGAUGUCCUUGGGGAUGUCCGCCAUUGUGUAGUGGAAUGUCCUUAUUACGUGGCAGAAGAUGUUUUUGGGAAGUCCGUGGAGAAAUCCGCCGGGACAUCCGUCCCAUUGAGGAUGCUCUGAACCCCGACAACGCCCUACACGCAACCCCCUAGGUCCAGCUCCAUUUUCUGACUAGGCAACCCAACCCCAAUUCUAACCAACCCCAUGGCCCCAGUCCCGACAAACAACAUUCAUUCUUCAUUUCUCGCUCUCCAUCUCCUUCUCUCCCACUUUUCCCAUUAGACAAAAGAGAAAACACUCACAUUCUUCAUUUCCUUCCCCCAAAAGCCAUGUUCCAAAGCAUCACAUUCUCCCUCACUUUCCUCCUCUUUAUCACAUUCCACCCCUCACCACUCCCCGCUCUCCCCAUCCUACCCGACCCGGACCCCGCCGCCGUCCAAACCCAAACCCUCCACCGCCCCCCGCCGGCCACCAUCCCCGCCUUCCCGGAGCAAUCCGACGCAUCCGGCUGCCCCCUCGACCUCCCCGACCAGCUCUUCCGCGACAUCAAAUCCGCCUGCACCGCCAACCCCCACCACCGACCCGACCCCAAUUCCUACUCCGGUCAGCUCCACCGCACCCGCUGCUGCCCCGUCCUCGCCGCCUGGCUCUACUCCGCCUACUCCGACACCGCAUUGCGCCCCUCCGCAGCCAAAUCCCCGCCCCAGACGGCCGCCGCCGCCUACGAGAUGCCCGUGCUCCCCGACGACUCCGAGACGUGCGUCGAUUCGCUCGAGAUGGCGCUCGCCGGGAGGGGCAUCCAGCUCCGCCGCCCUAACGACACGUGCGACGUCGUUUACUGCUAUUGCGGCAUCCGAUUGCACCCUUUCACCUGCUCCGAGGCGUUCAGGCUCAAUUCGCGCGGGAAAUUGGUCGGUGGGGAGGCGGUGGAGAAUUUGGAGAGGGAUUGCGCCGCCGGGCGCGGCGGCGCCGGCCUCGGCGGUUGCUCAAAGUGUCUCAACAGCCUUAAUUUGCUGAACGGGGAAAGAGGCGGAAGAAGCAACAGAACAGAGCGGACGAACAAGAUGCACAACCAGGACUGUCAGCUCAUGGGUAUCACUUGGCUUCUGAACAAGGACCGAUCCGCGUACAUACACACUGUGUCUGCAGUUCUAAGGGCUCUCAUGAUGAAUACGGACGACGCCUCUGAUCCGACUUUUUGCAGCCUCAACAGCGAUGGCAUGCCUCUUGCAGUUGACUCUUCAGAAAUCAACGAUCAGUCAUCAUCGACAUUUUUGGAAGUAAGCCUUCACAAGUACCUAGUGCCACUUUGUUUGCUAUACAUGAGCAUUCUUUGGGUUGUCAUUUGAGCAUUAGUCGAAGCCUUCAUUUUGUCCUGCAAAGUUACCACUCUAUUCGGCUGUCUUAGUGCGGGGGCGAGAGAUGCUCGUCUGCUGUCAUCGUUUCUAGUUUAGAGUCUUUGUGCAUUUUGUUUGAGACUGAUCUGUAUAUAAGACCAUUGGAUUAAGUAUCUUCCUAAGUUUCUUGAUUUGAAUCCAUAAGUUGCGAUGGAAGGUAUAUAAUUUAAUUUGUCA